AUGGCGGACGGCGACUGGUCGUGCGACGCCAAUGAUGCGCUCCAUAUCACGGUCGUGCAACCUGGCGAAACGAAGCCAAGGACUGUCUCUACCUUCCACCCGCAGUUCACAUAUCCCAUUUUCGGCGACGAGGAGCAGAUAUUUGGUUACAAAGGCCUAAUAAUUCGUCUACGCUUUGCCGCUCAUGACCUCCGCCCUCACGUCCAUAUUUCGUACGAUGAACGUUUCAAGGCCGUUGGGGAGACCAGCGCGACUGAUCUCCUGGGGGCACUGAAGCCGUUUAUACCAGAAGAGGCAUUGAUAAACCUUGCCGACUACGAAAAGGCUGUCCAAGAAGACCCAGAAGCAAAGGACUUCACGCCUCCAGGCAAGCUUGUUUACGGUUACGAGGCCAAUGAACGCAAAUACGAGAUAUGGGCUGGCUCUCUAGCCGACCCGGCUGUGCGCCGUCUUUUAGAUCGCGUUCAAGUACUGGUCUCCUUGUUCAUCGAAGCUGGCACGCCUCUCGAAACGAACGACCCCGAAUGGACACUCGAGCGCUGGACUGUUUUCUUCGUUUACGAAAAAAUCAAACCCCCCCACGCCGGCGGCAUCCUCAUACUCCAUUGUCGGGUACGCCACAGCCUAUCGGUACUGGCUUUACCAGCGCGACCGCACCGAGGCUCCAUCAAGAUCUCUGAACUCCCUGCUCGACUUCGCAUUGCCCAGUUCCUCAUCCUUCCAUCACACCAUCGUUCCGGCCAUGGGACACACCUCUACACAACAAUCCACGCCUCAUGCAUUGCCGAUCCAACCAUCGUGGAGCUGACGGUCGAAGAUCCGAACGAAAACUUCGACGCACUACGCGACUCAGCAGACUACUGUCUAUUGCGCCCGGAGUUCCUCAAGCGCAACGUGAAUAUCAACCCCGAUCCCCACGGCGCCUACUCCAAGAAGCAACGCCCUCGCACUGUUCCUACUGGAGCUCUGAUCCCAACCGAAGAUCUAAAUAGCAUCCGCACUAAUUUCAAAAUUGAGGCUACGCAGUUCGCGCAUAUCGUGGAGAUGUACCUCCUGGGCCGGAUCCCGAAGAGCCAUCGCCUGGCGGGCGGUACGAACCUCGCCCGACUCCUGAUCAAAAAGCACAAGGCCGAUAACGAAGACGACCGACGCUACUACUGGUGGCGCAUGCUCACCAAGCAACGACUCUACAAAAAGCACCGGGAGCUGUUGGCCGAAUUGGAGCUAAUUGACCGCGUGGAGAAGCUGGACGACACAGUGCGCAAUGUGGAGGAAGGCUACGAAAUCACUUUGGAUGCACUAGAGGGCCGUCUUCCAGAGGCGGAAGAUGACUCUGGAACAGCUUCGAGCGGUAGACGUGAGAAGCGUAAGCUGACGGUUGAGGACGAGGACGACGAGGACGAGGAAGAAGAGUCGACCGGCACGCCACUCGCCAAGCGACCAAAAGUUUAG